UCCUACAGUAAAUAUUUGUUUGCUCAGCCGGCUGUGAUGGUGGACGACUGAAAGAGAAAAGCGGAGAGACUUCAUCUCAAAAAUCCUGUCCCGGGUAAAACACUAUUAUUUGUGGCUCGGAAGUAAACGCCGGCGAAUAUGGAUGAACUCAAGCAUCAAGUUAUGAUAAACCAGUUCGUCCUGACAGCUGGAUGUGCCGCAGACCAGGCGAAACAGCUUUUGCAAGCGGCACACUGGCAAUUUGAGACAGCCCUUAGUGCCUUUUUUCAAGAGACAAAUAUCCCUUACGGCCCCCAUCAUCAAAUGAUGUGUACUCCCGCCAACACACCUGCAACGCCACCAAACUUCCCCGACGCGCUCACCAUGUUCUCGCGACUUAAAGCCUCGGAAAGCUUCAACAGCAGCAGCAGUCCUAGCAUGGCCACCUCACCCCCUCCACCUCCAGUCAGCUGGGGCAUGACCCCACCCAUGCCCAACCAGCAGAGCUUAUGGACUCAGGGGCCUUCGCCCCAACAGGCUCACCCACCCCCUGGCUGGCCCUCAGCUGUCAACCAGCAAGCAGCAACCGAACAGAAGGCCAGUGUCGCCAUGGAGGCCGAGAGAUGAGGGCCCGGACUACACGGUCAGGGGAGAGAGGUUAGGGCAGGGUCUGGUUCACUCGUUUUUCUUUCUCACUCACCAAACAUGGAGGGGGAGAGAGCUACACCAAGAAUAACCAAGCAACAUGGACUUUUACAGAAGAGGAGAGAAAGCCAACACAAAGGUAAUAAGAGAAACAAAGCAAAUGCACAUUGCAUUACUAAGAAAGAGAGCAACUGAAAUGUACUGAUAUUGUUUUCUAUAAUAAAAGAGUAGUUUAACAUUUACUACAAUAAUUGCACCAUGGAUUAUUUCUGGUAUCUUUUGAAUGAAGAACGUUUAGUGAUUUUUCUCACCUUUAACUUUUUAUUCUUUUAUCUGGAGUUCUUUCUUUAUGCAAGACCGGUCGUUCAUUAGGAGAGUUGACAUUGCAUGUGCAAUUGCAAGAUCUGUUUUUGCCGUUUUUAACGAAAUAAUAUUCAUUGCAAGCAUUCAUGUGUACGGUGUGUGACACGAACACACACUCAAACAUCAAGUGUAUUGGACAUUUCCUCUCCCCAUUGGAUAAGGGGACUUUUCGUACCUCACUGGUCACCUGACUCUACUCAACCAAUCAGGGAAUCUCACUAGGAUAUUUUUUCAAACUCAAACAGGAUUUUACACAAUGCUUUGCUUUAUCCAUCAAGCAGUAACUCACUGAUAUUCUCCAAGAUUGUGUGGAUUGAUCUGUUGAUUCUGUUUCCUGAAUAGACAAAAAGAUCUGGAUAUUUUAUGAUCAUGGUAAAAUGUUUUAUUUAAACCUUUUUGAGGGGAGGGGCAGGAGGGGAGCAGGUUAGUUGCGUAGAGGGCAUUUGGUGAGACUGUUGAUUCUUAGUUGGGGAGGAUAAGUCCAAGCCGCUAAAAGCUACAUAAAACCAGACUACUACAAAACAUGUUUGUAAGUAGACUUGUCAAUUUGCAUGACGUAUUCAUGUACGUAUAUCAUAUUUUGUCAUUUCUUGCUUUUGGGGGGAAUUCUACAUGAACGCUUUUUGGGAAUACUGUCACAUUAUGUGUUUUUAGAGAAAAUGAUAUCUUAUUCAGGGCAGCCCCCAUCAGCUUUUCUAUUGAUAUUUAUUUAAAAAUUAUAAAUCAGAAAAAAAUAUUUUAAAGUCAAUUUAAUUGUUUCUUCUUGGAUGAAAACAAUAAUUUUCAAGACGCAAUGCUAUCAGUAACUUAUCUUAAAAUUUAGUUUUUAUUUACUGUUUACACAAAUUUCUGAUCAAAGCUUGUCUUUUGGGGUAACUUGUUCCUAAAUGGGUUUCCAUGUAUGUUUUCCCCUGUAUGACUGUAUUGAUAUCAUUCCCACAAUAUUUGUGGACUACCUGAUAAUUAACUUAUCAUUGUUUGUGUUUCUAAAUAAAUACUGUAUGUCCUAUGAUGUGACUUCUGUUCUUGAAUGGAUUGUCCAUUCUUGUUCUGGAUACUCAUUGUACAGGUCACUUAAUAAAAAGUUUGGUAACACUUUAUAAUAAGGUGGUAUAUUGUACUUUAAAGUACAAUAUAUACUAAUAAUUAACAGUAGUGUUUUUUAUAAAUAAACAAUAACCAGCAUUAUU